AUGGAUGGGGACAUCGUCGCUGGGGCGCCGUACUUCCGCGUCCUCCAGGAAGUCGCUUCCAUCGUCGACUACCUGUUGCCUCAGUACUACAACGGGCCGCUCAGGCCCGCGAUCGACACCCAGCCCGCCAUAGAGCACAUGGGGCACCUGGUGAACGACAUCUUCGGCGGCGACGCCAGCAAGGUCGUGUUUGGCUUCUGCAUCUCCGACUGCUCUGGGACCGGCAGCAACGUGAACAGCGCCCAGGCCGCCUCCAUCCUCCAGGACGUCGCCGCGGCGUUCCCCAGCUACGGUGGGGCCUUCCUGUGGGCCGCUUCCGACGAUGCUGGCUGGUCCGAGCCAGUGCGGCAGGCGCUGGGCUCCGCGCCCAGCGUGGCGCCGACGCCCACGCCGGCGGUGCCAACGCCAGCGCCCACGGAGGCGCCCGCGACCCCGUCGCCCACGCCGGCGGCGCCAGCGCCCACGCCGGCGCCCACGGAGGCGCCCACGACCUCCCCCACCGCGUCCGGCGGGCAGCCCAGCGUCUGCGAGGCUGCCGUGAGCCACCACGGCGAGGCCUGGGACUUCGCUGGGCCCUGCUCCGCGUGCCUGGCCGGGAACAACGUCUGCUACGACGACCCCGAGCAUAGUUCUCAGAGCCUCUGCUCGCGGUGGCCCGCGAACGUAUGGUGCGGGGGGGCGUCGCUCGUGGAGUCUCGCCGCGGCAGGCGCAGGCCGCGCGCCUUCUUGGGCACGGCGCUGCUCCAGACCGUGUGUCCUCUGUCGCGCGCCUCGCCCGGCGAGGGGCUCCAGGCUUGA